AUGGACGACGUUCCUUUCGACGAACUCCCUCACGAUGACUAUGGCCCGUGGAUGCUUGCUAUUAUUUGGGUUCUCGGGGCCGUGGCUGGGGUGUUUAUGGGACUACGACUCUACUGCAAGUUUACGAGACAACGAGGGCUUUGGUGGGACGACCAUUACAUGAUAGCUGGUUGGCUGGCUUAUUUGACAUUUGGCGUUUUCAUCACUAUCGACGUGUCAUACGACUUUGGGAAGCAUAAUUGGGACAUCACGCCCGGCAACUGGUCCUGGCUUCUUCUGCACGCCAAUCUCUCCGGCUCAUUCUCCAUCAUCGCGGCAUGUUGGAGUAAGACCUCUUUCGCUCUUACGCUGCUGCGCAUCGCAAACGAACGCUGGAUGAAAUUCUUCAUCUGGUUCAUUGUGAUCACCAUCAACGUCGCCCUCGGUCUUAACGUGCUGUUCACCUGGAUUCAGUGCUGGCCUGUCGAGAAGACAUGGCGAACGGCAUCAACUCCGGGUACAUGCUGGCCCAAGAGCAUUCCAAUGAACUACAACGUGUUCACGGCGUCGUAUUCUGGCGCUAUGGACAUCAUCCUCGCGAUCCUGCCGUGGAAGAUCAUAUGGGGACUCACGAUGACGAAGCGAGAGAAGCUGGGCGUUUCGCUCGCCAUGAGCAUGGGUGUCUUCGCAGGUGUCGUGUCUUUGAUCAAGAUCAAGACCAUCACCGCCAUCGGGGCCUUCGACAUCAUCGAUACCGUCGAGCUUGUGAUAUGGGGUGCCGCGGAAAGCGCCGUGACAAUCAUUGCAACAUCGAUACCUAUACUUCGAGCCUUAAUCCGGGACUACAAACCACCACCAGCGCGUUUCCAGAUGGAUCGCAGAGCCCUUAAGAGAGCGAUGUUCCCCGACGGCGGUGGCAAGAUGAACCGGAUAACGCAUAAAGCAUGUUCGAAGAAAUUCACCAUGAACAUCUUAACGAACCUCACGUCUCUCUUCACAGCGAUGACGCUUUCAAGUGGCGCCUACGCUGCCAGCGUCGCUCGUCCCGUACCUGACUACACAACAUCAGAAGCCGGCAAUCCUUUCGUCGACGGAUGGUACGCCGACCCCGACACGGGUAUCUACAACAACGAGUACUGGGUGUUUCCGACAUCGUCAUUGGCCUACGAGCAGCAAACUUAUCUCGAUGCUUUCUCAUCGAAGGACCUGGUCCACUGGACCAAGCAUCCCAACAUCCUUAUGAAAGCUGACGUAUCAUGGGCGCAAAUAGCCAUGUGGGCGCCCGCUCACAUUGAGCGCAACGGCAAGUAUUACAUAUACUUCGCUGCCAACGACAUUCAGGAGGGCGAGACCAAAGUCGGUGGCAUCGGCGUCGGGGUGGCAGACAAGCCUGAGGGUCCCUACAAGGAUGCUAUCGGCAAACCUCUCAUCGGCGAAUACCAUAACGGUGCACAACCGAUCGACCAGGACGUUUUCAUCGACGAUGACGGGCAGGCUUACAUCUACUACGGAGGUCACGGACAUGCCAAUGUAGCCAUGCUCAACGCCGAUAUGAUCAGCGUUGGAAACUUCUCAGACGGCACCCAGUACAAGGAGAUUACCCCGGAGAACUACACCGAAGGAUCGCUGAUGUUCAAGAGGAAUGGGAAGUACUACCUGAUGUGGUCUGAAGGCGGUUGGACUGGGCCAGACUAUUCCGUAUCGUAUGCCAUCUCCGACUCUCCUCUGGGGCCCUUCAACCGCGAGGCCAAGAUCCUGCAGCAAGACGCCGCUGUCGCGACCGGAUCUGGUCACAAUGCCGUCAUCAACGUGCCAGGGACCGACAUUUGGUACAUCUUCUACCACCGUCGCCCGCUCGGCGAUAACGACGGCAACCAUCGACAACUUGCGUACGACCGAAUGUACUUCGACGACGACGGCAAGAUCAAGCAGGUCACGAUGCUUGUCAAAGACAACUUCGACGAUGGGAACCUGAUUGGGUGGAAUACCGGGUUUGAGGGAAAGUUCUCUGUCAAAGACGGCCAGCUGAGCGCGGAAAAGACCUCGGCCUGGAGCGGCAAGGCACUUCAGAACACCGGGUUCGAGGACUUUGUCUUCGACAUUGACAUUACUCUGGUCGACCCGGACAUCAACUCAACCGCCCGUGACUCGGGCGAUGCGGGUGUUCUUUUCGGUGUUACCAGCGCUUCGUCUGGCAUCGAUAGCGUAACAGGGUUUUACGCCGCACUUGAUGCAUCUGGAUCGGUGCUGCUGGGGCAGAUGAAUCAGAACUGGGUACAGCUGGCAUCUACAAAUAUGACUGUCAAGGCCGAUACGAAGUAUCACUUGCGGGUGGUAGCAGUCAAGAAGGAAGUCAAGGUGUUUGUGGAUGAUAUGAGGACGCCUAAGCUCACCUUUACGGUGUCGACGAGUACCAAGGGAACAACAGGAGUCCGCGUUUUCCGCACCGGUGCGUUAUACGACAAUCUUUCGGUAGCACACCCCGGAAAUGCGUAA